AUGCCCUUUGUUUAUGGAGACGAUCCCACUCGAUCCCAGCAGCAGCAGCAGCAGCAGCAGCAGCACCCUGCUGUGCUGCUGCAGCAGCUAUCUGCUUUAGCUGAGGAUGAUGAUGCAUGGAGUGUAGACCCUGCAUAUUUAUCUUAUUUAGAAACAGCAGCAGCAGCAGCAGCAGCAGCAGAAGCAGCAGCAGCAGCAAAGGCAAAGGAAGGGGAAGCAACAGCCCCAGCAGCAGCAGCAACAGCAGCAGCAGCAUCAGAUGCCGCAGCAGAAGCAGCACCAGCACCAGCAGCAGAAACAGCAGCAGCAGCAACACCUGCAGCAGCAGCACCAGCAGCAGCAGCACCAGCAGCAGCAACAGCAGCAGCAGUUGAUGCAGCUGCUGAGAAGGAGCUGAAGGCGCUGCAGCAAGAAGCAAGGGAUCUCUAUGAGGCGCAGCAGCAGCGCAAGCGAGCAGCAGCAGCAGCAGCAGCAGCAGCAGCAGCAGCAGAUAAUAAAAUGAAGCCCCCGACGCCUACGGAGAUAUUUAAAAAGAGAGGGUUAGCUGAGGCAGCAGCACAGCUGCCUGGGGUGUAUGUACAGCUGGAGGAGCUCAAUGGGGAUUUCUUUCUGCUGCUGCCGCUGCUGCUGCUGCUGGAUGAAUAUAACAGAGCAGAUGCUGUUGCUGCUGCUGACGAAAGGCUCUCGCUGCUGCAGCAACUCACCAGCAUCUUUCCCUCCAAAUACACACUCAUGCAGCAGCAGCAGCAGCAGCAACAGCAGCAGCAGCAGCAGCAGCAGCAGCAGCAGCAAGCAGCAGGUGGAGAGACAAAAGCAACAGAGUUUCCCGCCUGGGACCAUCAAAAAAAAUAUGUAUUAGAAAAUCUAAUUGCAUACUAUGAGUGCGGGCUGCCUGGCGGGGUGCUGGUGAGCUUCCCGAUGUCUCUUCCGCUGGCUCUGCUGCUGCAGCGGGUUAAACGCUUCCCUGGCAUUGCUGCCUUUCAUAUCCUCUGCGGGCUGCCUGGCGGGGUGCUGGUGAGCUUCCCCAUGUCUCUUCCGCUGGCUCUGCUGCUGCAGCGGGUUAAACGCUUCCCGGGCAUUGCUGCCUUUCAUAUCCUCGUGAAGGGCAGUCCCGCGCAUGAGGCGUUUGUUAGAGACAAUCGAAUAGAGAAACUGGAGUUCUAG